AUGGGUAAAGAAGACGAGCCAAAAACCUACCGCUACAACGAAACCCCUACUUACACUACUUCCAAUGGCUGCCCGGUAUUCGAUCCCGAAUCCUCGCAGCGAAUUGGCAAGAAUGGCCCUCUUCUUUUGCAAGACUUCCACCUAAUCGACCUUCUGGCCCACUUUGACAGAGAACGUAUCCCUGAGCGUGUCGUACACGCCAAGGGUGCUGGUGCUUACGGUGAAUUCGAGGUCACCGAUGACAUUAGCGAUAUCACCACAGUCGAUAUGCUGAAAGGCAUCGGCAAAAAAACCAAGCUCGUAACCCGCUUCUCAACUGUCGGUGGUGAAAAGGGCUCUGCCGAUAGUGCCCGUGACCCUCGCGGAUUCUCCAUCAAAUUCUACACUGAGCAGGGAAACUGGGACUGGGUAUUCAACAACACACCUGUCUUCUUCCUGCGCGAUCCUACCAAAUUCCCUGUUUUCAUUCAUACACAGAAGAGGAAUCCGCAGACGAAUCUCAAGGAUGCAAAUAUGUUCUGGGAUUAUCUCUCCACUCAUCAGGAGUCUGCGCAUCAGGUCAUGCAUUUGUUCAGUGACCGCGGCACUCCCUAUUCCUACCGCCACAUGAACGGCUACUCAGGCCACACCUUCAAAUGGAUUAAGCCCGAUGGAACAUUCAACUACGUCCAGAUCCAUUGCAAAACUGACCAGGGAAACAAAACCCUCACCAACGAAGAGGCCGGCGAACUCUCUAACUCAAACCCUGACUGGCACACACAGGAUCUAUUCCAAGCCAUUGAACGAGGCGAAAACCCAUCCUGGACAUGCUACGUGCAAACCCUAAGCCCAGAGCAAGCCGAGAAAUUCCGCUGGAACGUCUUUGAUUUGACCAAAGUCUGGCCUCAAAGCGAAGUCCCGCUGCGUCGCUUCGGCCGAUUCACGCUCAACAAGAACCCCGAAAACUACUUUGCAGAGAUCGAGCAGGCAGCUUUUGCGCCCUCACAUUUGGUGCCGGGUGUUGAGCCUUCGGCUGAUCCGGUGCUUCAGGCUCGUCUAUUCUCGUACCCAGACACUCACCGACACCGUUUGGGCGUAAACUACCAACAAAUCCCCGUCAAUUGCCCCCUUCAUGCAUUCAAUCCAUACCAGCGUGACGGCGCCAUGGCUGUGAAUGGCAACUACGGCGCAAACCCGGCUUACCCUUCCAGCUUCCGAGCAAUGAAGUUUGAGCCCGUCAGGGCUAGCCAAGAGCACGAGAAGUGGGUUGGUGCUGUUACUUCGCAACAGAUCCCAGUCACGGAUGAGGAUUUUGUGCAGGCGAAUGCUCUGUGGCGUGUCCUGGGUCGUACGCCCGGUCAGCAAGAGAACUUUGUGAAGAAUGUCUCUGUGCAUUUGUGUAAUGCGAAUGAGAGGGUAAGGAAGCAGACUUAUGGGUUCUUUACAAGGAUUAAUGCCAUUCUUGGAGAGAAGAUCAAGAAGGCUACGGAGAAAAAUGUAUCGAGGGAACAGGCUCGUCUGUAG